UGCAAGUGCAACCCCUUAACCCCCAUACAGUCUUAAGCUGCCUUUUAAGCCUUGUAUCUCUGCGCUCAUUGGUCAGCUAGUGAAAAUGCAAAACAACGUAAAUCUGCAUACCGAGCUUAAGCCCAACGCCGAAUAUAAAUUGCGCCGGUCGAACGUCAUCGAGCAUCAGUCUUCGGUCAGUGUUGACAUCGAUGACAACUCGUCAGAAACAUCGUCAACAACCCCAACUACCAAUAAACAAACAUCCGAAGACAACAAUUGCAACAUCGACUCAACAAGCGACGUAACCAACAAUACCAAAAGUGCAUCGACGAAGAUGGAGCAGAUCAACGACGAGGUCUUCAUCGACGAGAUGAACAAGCUGUCGGAAACUUUAGCUGACGUCGAAGAGCACGAGCAUGUCUCACCGGCUGAAAUGAGCAUCGCCCGCCAGAUUCACUUUGGUCUCGAUGAGAGUGAUCAGAGCAUCAUUGGAAUGCAGCAACCGAUGACAUCACUCUCUCCUGUUUCUGAAGCAUCGCAGACUUCACCACCACCGCCGUAUCCAACAACAACUGAGGAUGUGUUACCGAAUUUGAUCAGCCUUGAUGUGAUACCACCGGUUAAUGAGAUGAGACCUACUAGUUCUUCAACAGUUGGUAGCGUGAGUCCAAACUGGAACGACAGCAAUACUUACAUUCAACUGGAACCUAGACAACAACAACAGCAGUUGAUGGAACAACGACAUCGUCAGCAAGUCAUGGCAGCUCAACAAGAACAGAUUUUCUACCAAAUGCAAGCCCAACAAUAUAUGCAUCAAGGGUAUCAGGGUCUUUAUGAUCAGAAUAUUCAACAUCGUGGGCAUUCCAUGCAACACAAUCAUCUGCCACAUAUGCAACCGCUUAUGCAACAACAAGUUCCACAACGUCAGAUGGGAAUUCCACAACAGUAUCGCCCAGAAUACCAACAAUUUAAUGAUUAUCCUAUGACCCAACAAUAUGGAUCUCCUUACAACCAGCAGAGUUUUGGUAUGUCAACACCUAGUCAACCAAUUGCACCAAUGGCACAACCUCUUCACAUCCAGCAACAUCUUGAACAACAACAACGUCAGCAACUCCUGGAAGAACAACGCCGUAAAGCUGCUAAACUACAAAACCACUCGCAUGCUAUGGCUCCCACUGGAAACAAAAAACGCACCCGCACAGCCUACACAUCUCAUCAACUCAUGGAGUUGGAACGUGAGUUUGCUGAAGGUAAAUACGUCUGUCGCAGUAAGCGUACUACAGUCGCUCAGGAAUUGGUCCUCACCGAACGCCAAGUGAAAAUCUGGUUCCAAAACAGGCGUAUGAAGGAAAAGAAGGAUUUGCAGAAGCGUAAUCAAGCAGUUGCUGACAGCCCGGAUUCCGAAGCAAUGUCUGAAGCAUCAUCCUCCGGCGUUUCAUCUGCAGCCAGCUCCCCAAUUUCUUCAUCGUCAUCUACUGCUUCAAUUUCACCAAAAUCUGAAAUUAACUCCACCAGACCAGCUCCCAAGGCUAAAACCAGCGCUAAAAAGGAGAAUCAAUCAAUUGUAAGCAGGCUAUUGAGUCAUUCACCACAAAACUCUUUGAGGGCUUCCCUGGUUGCAUCUUCUGCAGUGUCAUCCACAUCCGGAUCUCCUAUGAUGGCAUCCCCAGCAGUCUAUGAAAUGGACACUGUACAAAUUCCAUUGGACAGCAUCUCCUCGUAUUAUUCUAGCUUCCAACCAGAGAAUGGUACUGCACCAGCUUGGAAUCAACCUUCGCAGAGUUCCCAAGUCACCAGGAUGUUGCAGGAAUUGCAAAAAGAACGCGAUGCUGUGUCUGCCAUGCAGAAAUCAAACAAAGAAGAAGAUGAUACACAAGACAUUGACAAUUUGAACCCCACAAUUGGUUCUUGGUUUUAAAUUUUUAGGUUAAGUGCGUUAAAUUGUAAAUAUUACUAAUAACCUGACAAACAAAUACUAUUUUUGUUGAUUUUAUUAUUUAAAGAGGCUAAUGCCGUACUAACACAUGCAAUCAUUUC